AAUAAAACGUCAAUCUGGCAGCACAUACAUUGCAGCCAACAUAAGAACAGGAAUUGGUGCAGCCAUUUUUUGGUGCGAAAAAUUAUGGCAUUUUUCAGACAGAACGCACUGUAAAACCGAAAUCACUCUGCUUUUAACUCUGUGGGAGAUUUCUUUUGCAAAAUCGAGAAUACAAAAUAUCAACAAGCAGUGAUUCAAGAACGAUUCAAAUAUGCCUCAAAUGGAUAUAUCACAAGUCCAAAUGGUGCGCUCUGCAAAAGAUGUUGACAUGCUAUGUGUCGACAAUUUUCUCUAUCAUUUUGUCGAUCGUGGCAAAAAACAAAAAUGCCGGUGGGUUUGCAAUAAGUUGAAAAGCAAAUACCAACCGUGUCGAUCGCGUAUAGCUACUGUUAUUGUAGAUGGUGACGAUAGCCAGCAUAAGAUAGUACGAGUAACAAAUGAGCAUACGCAUGAACGUUGCACUGAAAAGGAAAUAUCUAAGGUGGUUGAACGAAAGCUCCGAGCAAACUUGGCCGGAAAACCGUGCACGCUGAGAAACAAACGAAAAUCAAAUGCUUCAGCGGAAGAACAUGAAGAUGAAUCUAACUCAAAUAUUCAAUAUGACGAAGAUAUGGAAUCAGACGAGUGGCCAGCUGAUGAUGAUGACUUCUUUCCUAAGCAAGCUAAAAUUAGUAAAAAGCAAACUGUUGCAAAUUCCGAUGAUAGACAGUCAACCUCUGGUUCAGCGAAACACUUUUUCAAUUUCGAGAAACAAAAAUUAUACAUGCUUAAAACUGCUCUUGGACGCCAAAUGAUAUGCGUGGAAGGAUUUCUUUACCGUUUAGAAUCCAAAUCUAUAACUUCGAGCACUCAUCGAUGGGAGUGCAUAAAACAAGAUCCUCCAUGUAAAACUCGUAUUCUCACUGAGUGUAUUUCAAAUAACACUCAUCGCUUAAAAGGCCAUCAGCUGGUAUCACACAAACACGACGCUUAUACUCCAUUGAAACUAACAAAAUUGCUUCUUAAAAAUAAUAUAACCGUACUAAAUCAAAAAGGGGAAGCAGAUAAGAAUUUUCAUUCAAUCGAAAUAGUGGAUUUAUCAGAAAACGAAGCUUGUGCUACACCUUCAAAUAAACCUCCGAAAAAACGCAUAAUGGAAAGUCUCAAUGCCAAAACUAUAAACCAGCGCAAACGAUUACGAACAAAAGCAAAACCUGUGACCUAUACCUAUUCAGCAGAUCCCCUUGCAGCUUUGUCUACUAGUACAAAAACUGAUUCGUACAAAGCGAAAUUCACCUUUUUGCCAUCAGCAAAGGGAAAUAAAGUUCUCUGUCUUGACAAUUAUAUUUAUCAUUUGGAUACGAGAAGUCCCCGUAAUGGACGCGCAUACUGGACAUGUCUCUUACGCCGCGACAAGUUUUACAAGUGUAAUGCGCGUGUCACUACGGAAAUGACCCAUAAGGGUCCUAUAAUAAUACGGGUCGCUGGUACACAUUUGCAUUCGGAUCAUUCUGAAGAUAUUAAGCGCCGCUUAUGCAGAAGUGUUGUGGUACAAAACGCUGAGAAAGCAGGCCUUAAAAAGGAAAAUAUAUUUGAUGAAAGUGGAAAUGAAUUGAAUCAAGAGUUCAGAGAGAUUGUGGAAAAAUCAAAAGAAACCAUUGAACGUAGCAUCGGGCGUUUAAGUAAACAAACGAAAGACGAAGAAGAACAAGGGACAUCAAAGAAUAUUACUUCAAAAAGCAUGCCUUUUAAUGAAAAUACGUCUUCGAGCCUCUCCAGUGCUUUAGACUCUGAUGAUGAUCACCUAGAUGACACAUCUACUCUGCCCACAAAGUUAGAAGAAAUGUGUAAGGACACUAAAACACAACCUUCUUUCAAAACCGAAGUAAUCUACAAAUCUACGUACGACGAUUUGGCAGAUGCAGAAGAUGAAAUGGAAGUAGAAUAUUUAGAUAUAAAUACGUAUACGAAUGAUGAAGAUCAUUUGGAUGUAAGUGCAUGCACGAAUGAUGAUUUCUUAGAUUUGUCUAAGGAACGUCAGAAAGCUAUAUUAAAGUCAAGCUUAACUAACGACAGUGAAAUGAAUGUGAACAAUGUAUCAACAUUGCGCUCAGCUAAGGGCGGUGAAUUAUUAUGCGUCGAUGGUUAUAUUUAUCAUUUAAGGAGUUCACAAAAUAAUCGCACUUACUGGUCUUGUAUAAAAUGCAAAGAUCCAGAGCUCAACUGCAAGAGUCGAGUAUCCACAAUCAAUGUGGAUGACGAAAUACGCGUCUUUAGAACCACCAACCAUCAUACGCAUCCGGUCAUUGAAGCAGAUAUUAAGCGGCGUCUAUAUAAUGAAAUUAAAAAUGAUAAAAUCGAGUCGCAACAAACAUUUGCGGGAUCAUUCGAUGCUAUAAAUGUGAAGUACACAAAAAUACUAGGCAAAGAUCCAAACGUUAAAAAGGCUUUAGACAAUUUCGAUGCAGAAAUUGAUGAUGCGAUAGGAAUGACUAUGAAACUGUAUGCUGUCUCCGAUGGACCACCAUCGCUAGCCGUCCGUAUGGUUCUCCAGGCUCUCAAUAUACCUUAUGAAUUGGUAAACGUUGAUUUCAUCGCAGGCGAACAUAUGACCGAUGAGUAUGCGAAG